AUGAACAGAAAUUCAAGGUGUUUUCUUGCUAUAGUAUCAAAAUUAACACCAUUUCGAAAACAUACAACACAAGAUCCACGAUUACACUGUAACAUCUUUAGAAAAGAAGAAUACCAUAACUCCGCAAAUCACGUGAAUAUUGAACAGGACUCGGGAGGCCGAGAGCAUGGGAGCAAACAUUUCUUCAUAUUACAGGGGAACAGAAUGUUUAAGGCAAAUGCAAAUGCUCAGAAAGAAAAUGGUGCUUACCCCUUAGUACAGAUGGUGGCGUAUAAAACUCCUUCCAAACAUUGUCAGAUGAAGAAAGAUUCAAAUUUAAAUAUUUGGAAGCGAGGUAAGCAGCACCAGCAGCUAUCUGGUGAGGUUUGA